AUGGCCUUGAAGGUUUGGGUGAAACGUGGCGGCUCGGGAGACGAGGAGGCGCUAGGGAUUCAUGUCCCGCCGGACGGAACGGCGCAGAGUGUCGUAGAGGCUUGUCGUGGUGUGUUUCGGCACCUGCAGCCGUCACGCGUGGCGCUGCGCACAGAGGACGGCAUCAUUGUGGCGCGGGCUUCCCCCGUCACGGCGCUUCAUAGACACACGCUGGAGCUCAUCGAGGUGCAGCCCGCGGAGGCGCCAAGGAGGCGCGUAGUUGGCAACCACACUCCCACGCCUACUAAGACUAAUAUUAACACUGCUGCCGCUAUGGCGACGAUGAAUGCGACGAGUUCUUCUGUUGUCGUUGCUGCUGUCGCGACGGCGCCAUCUUCUGCCAGGGGUGUGCCCUCAGUUGGGCAACGCUCUGCUGGGGUGCAGCCCCAGCGAGCCCCGCCGAGCCCUGCUGCGCGGAAGACACGUGUUUUAAACAAGUUGGGUGGCAGCACCCCCACGCGGGCACACACAGCGGACCGUACUGCUAUGGGGGCAGGAGAAAACGUUGGCGUGCCUGAUCGCCUUGCGGCUUUGUGGGACAGUCUGCCGGCGUUUUCGUAUCCUCCGCUCGCUAGAAGUACACCCGCGGUGACGGGCGUCCUGCGCGCCGCCCGGCGUGCCCAGGGCGAGGCCUUGGGGUCGUUGGGGAGAGUGGGCAGCGGCGGACUGUGUGAAGCUGUCACGACUCAUGGAGCAGGACAGAAACUUUUGAAUGGCGAUGAAGUGGGGGUGUCGCCGGGUUACAAUGACCCCUCCCGCUUGCCCGCAGGCAUAGUCGCGGCUGGCAGCAAAAGUGUGGGGGACGGCAAGAUUUCAGGGCGUGCGACAGGCGCAGACGGAAAUGAAGGGUUGAAGGACGGAGAGCGAGGGUUUCUGCCGUCGCCGUGUGACUCGGUCGCCGUGGAGGAAAUACAUACAGACAAACUCCACGCCUCCUCCUCUUCUUCUUCGUCUCCAGUGCCUCUAUGUAAGGAGGCGGUGGUCAUGGCGUCGGCGUCAGCAGCAGUUGUAGCCGCAGAGGCAGAAGCAAAUACGCCACGUGGAAAUGAAGCUGCGACAGGGGAAACAGCGCCACAGUUGUUGGCGACGGCGGUGGAGGCAAACAAGCCGGUUGUGCAGCUCUUGGAUUCGGCGGAAGAGCGAGGACGCGAGGCUGUCAGCGAAGUCGUCGACUGCGGCGAAAACUUUGCGACUGUUGCCGGCGACGGCACUGGGCGUGCAAAUAUUGGCGAGCUGGCGCAGAAGCUACCGGCGUAUUUUGAGGAGUGGUGA